AGUAGCCACUGGACACUGGAGACAUGGAGGUGAACAUGGAGGUAAACAUGGAGUGAAAACUCCAGCUCCAGGAGCAUGUUCCCCCAGAACCACCCGGGGAAAGCCUUCGUCUGCGGACUGAUCCUCCUCCGCUUCAAUAAACGACUCUUAACGAUGUCUGUCCCGAACCUGUCCGAGGAAAGCUCGGGUCCACCGAGGAGAAGCGGGUCCGUGUCCCGGGUCCAUGCCGGGGACAGGCGGUCCGAGCCGGGGACAGGGACCAGCAGCAGCCGAGAGGAGAACCAGGGGAGGUUCUCCCAGGAAGAGAUGGAGGUCCACAGGGUCCACAGAGAGGCGUGUGAGGCGCAGAAGCAGCUGUAUGUCGACCCUUCCAGUGGGUACAAGGUGUUCACAGAGUAUGCCCACCUUCAGAGAGGAAAAUGCUGUGGCAGCGCGUGCAGACAUUGUCCGUAUGACCAGGUCAACGUGAAGGACCCUGCAAUGAAGAAACAGUUUAAUUCCUUAUUUUAUGUAUAGGCCUAACACACUGGUGCCAAAGGUAAAAUGUAAGAGCCUGUUUAGAAUGGAGCGCAUGUUGCUUCUCUUCUGCCUGUCGUUAUUUUGACUACUUGAGUCAUUUUUUUAUCAGUGUACUAAAUGAUGAAAUAUGGGUAGUGACUGUGAAAUACUUACCUCCUAUGAAUCACAACUAUUCUUCGGAUUAUUUUCAUUCUCACAAGACGAGGAUGGAGGAGGAAGGAUUCUUUCCACAGAACCUCAUGUAAAAUAGCCUUUUAUCACGUCUCUGUUUUGUGUUUCUUUUUAACGCUGCUACUCGGAUGUCCAGUGUUGUGCCACGAGAUUAAUUUUUUCGUCUCUACUUAAGAGUCUUGAAUAUUAUGUGGUGUUCUCUCUCGUCUGAUGCGUUUACCAGGGUUGUGGGAGUAUGGAGAUGAAAACUGAAAGAGCAUUUUAGAUCUUCGCCCUCAAGAUAAAGGGCACAUAAGCAAAAGUAUCAGUAGAUAGUCCGACGGAGUCUUGUGCUCGUUUGCUUUGCAUCUCUCGUUAUUUUUCCUCCCAAAUGUACAACCGCAUGAAUAUUUGCAUCAUUCUCACUCCACAAGUGCUCGACUGAACUGUCUACCUCUGACUGAAACACUGUGUUGUUAAAAAUAGGCAGGGGCCAAGGGGUCAGGCCUCACACUUGGCUGCGCUGCUUUUACACCACUUGAUGGAAUCAGGCUGUUAACAAACAUGCCAUGGACAUCAACAGCAGCCCUCCCCACCGGACUCGCAGCUCAGCCUCCUGGCUACACUCGGCUACAGCGCAGCUCCCUGCAGCUGCUCUCCUGAGCUGCAGCCUAAUGAACUCCUGGGCCCUGUUAUCCCAGCUCUGCGCUAGAUCAGCUCAUGUUCAGGAGCAUGCUUAGACGCACACAUGCAUAGGAAGGCUUACUCCAUCAGAGUACCCUGUGGCUCCUAAUAGGCCAAUAUAGUAUAAAGGUUGCACUAAGCACCGCACUUUGUAGCCCACAGUAAUGGUACAAGGUGGGGUCAAGCGCUCGUUCGGAGCUACCUGUGCGUGCAAGAGAUGUUGAGAUGAGAUGUGCCACUUGAUUUGUGAGUGCAUGUGGGCAGGCAGCGCCAUGCCUUCAGGCGCUGGCUCUCAACCUGCCACACACACUCGCCCUUCUCCGCCUGAUUGGGCAAACCGCGUCGGGAUGAGAGGAUGUGUCUGCCGCGGAAUUCUGUCGCAGCCGCCGACUGGCGCGACCACAAUUUUCCUGGGCAGGUGGGUCCCAAAGGCAAGUGCUUAGUGAUCGGAGCAAAGCCCUGUGAGCGGCUACAAGGAGAUUCAUGAUCCCAACAGUGCUGGGGAGGACAGGUUCUUGGGGACGCGUCGUCAGGCGGGAUGAGAGGCGAAUUUAUUUGGUGUUAUUCUAAACCGAGGCAGCGGAGCGUGCGGCAGCAACAUUCCUACAGCGGGAUGGUGAAGGUGUCACACUCAUCAAGUACCUGGGCCUGCUUGCCUGCCGCGGCUCUGCGGGUUUUGCCUAGGGACUUGUCUGUCACAUUAAAGUAGAUGCAUUGCCAUUCAGGGCCUCGGCGGUCCCGCAGCCUGACCAUGAAAUAGGCCAACUUUCAUGUCUGCCUCAUCCCUCCACGUCUCCCCAAUCCAGUGAUGGCACAAUUUGAAAUGUUUUUUUUUUUUUUUUUUCACCCAUCAUGUUGUAGCUGAGCAGUUGGUGACUUAGACACAAACAGCACAGCGAUGACUUCGACAGAUUUAUGGUGGAAUUUACUUGAACAUCUAUGACCUGACUGAUCAAACAUGAUAAAUAAAACAUUUUGUGUUUUUUAAAUCAAA